UUAAUAUUUUUUAAAAAAUGUAUAAAAUAUCUAUCCAUUUACUUAUAUCAGAGACUUAUAUUUACCAAUAGUUAUCGUGACGAACACGAGAUCAAGUUCAGAAUCAGUGAAUCACUGAAUUCGACGUCUCAUAUAUAAAAAAACAAUGGCAACUUUGUAUCGGUCCCUAAAACAAUUGGGAAGAAGUUUAAUCUUGCCGGAAUCUAACAGAAACUUAUCGUUGUCCGCAACCACACAUUUAAAACAGAUAAUUGAGAAGAAAGAAGGUAAGGUCUUAACCAUCGAAGCUGUAAAUGUGCCACAGAAAAAGGAGCAUUUAUUGUUAAAGUUUCCCUCCAACGCGUGUCCUCUUUGUGCUUCAGGACUUGACGUUAAGCACACUGAUGUCCUUAUUCUAAGUCAGUUUGUACGACCAAACGGAAAUAUGCUGCCACGCAGGGUAACCGGCUUAUGUACCGUGCAGCAGAAAAGAGUUUCCGUUUUGGUGGCUAUGGCUCAGAGAGCAGGCUUGUUACCAAACAAAUUUAUAGAUCGAGAUAGGAAGUAUGGGCCAGCAUGGAAAAGAUACAACACAUAUUUCGACGAGGAUACCAUACAAUACAAAUAUAAGCGAUAAUUAAGAAAUGUACAUAUAAUAUAGAACCAAAUAGUAUAUUUUAUUUACUCAGUUGAAUACUAUUUUUUAAUCAAAGGUGUUAAUAUGUUUCUCUAUCUCCUUUACAACAAUAUAUAUCUUGAGUUACAGACUUAGAGAAUUUCAUAAGACACACCAAAAUUGUCCUAAUUUAAGUCCUUGGCAAUAAAUAAAGCAAUUUAUAAAAACA